CGUUCUGGCUGACUUUGCCAGUGGGAGUGUGUGUGUUCUGCUGUCUACUUCCGUGACAGGGGAAGGGCUCGACAUCCCCUCCGCCAACACCGUGAUCCGCUUUGACAGCAUUUUGACACCGACAUCUCUGGUGCAGAGCAGAGGCCGUGCCCGUGCACACGACAGUCGCUUUGUGGUCAUGGGAGACGGGUUAGCACGACGCAAGAGUGUACGUCACAUGCACACAGGUGAACUGGCGCAGAUGGCCGCUAUACACGCCAUUGCUAAGGAGGCUCGCUCUAAUGGGGGUGUGGAGAGUGACACCUGGAGCACCGACGAGGGUGCGGUGGAGCGGGAGAACGCGCGCGCGACGCGUAAGACGCGCGCGGCAAAGCGCGCGAGGGAGCGCGCGGAAGGGCUUGGGCGUGAGGAGAGGAGAGAAGGGGCGGUGCCGGAGUGGGAUGGGACGUUUGUGUAUGGGCCGAAGCAUCUGAAGGCUGGUGGGGAGUAUAUAGUUGUCAUGGGAACGGACACGGGCGAUGUGAACGCGUGCACUGUGCGCAACGGGACGGACGGCGCACACGAAAGUGCCAAUGCACACGAAAGUACACCAGCACAUGAACAUGAACAUGUGCAGGGCUACAUCAAGGCAGGAGAGCCUGCGCAAGCAGAGGACAAUGGUACCUACAAGCACGUGGAGGGGGGCCUGGCAGAGAUAGAGGGCGAGAGUACGCCUCUACAGUAUGGUGAAUAUGAGCGUGGAGAGACCUCUGGAGACGCGCAGCUGUGUACACAGGGCCAGCUAGAAGCGCGCACGCGUGUGGGUAGUCAUAACACGCGUGAGGGAGCAAGCAGGAGCCACAGCCCCACGGAACCCACCGUCACCCGUAACCACGCAAAGGAGUUUCUGACGCGCAUGGCCCAGUCGACGAACACGGCGGGUGCACCGGGAUCACGCGAAAGAGGUGUAUGUGAUAGCAUGCAACAGACCACCAGGACACACGCACCACCUGUGUCUACGCAGGCUCAAGGGGUGGGCCUUAACGACGCUACGCCAGUCACUGUGCGCACGGCACGUACUUACGUGUCAGCCGAACAGAGGGCCAGCAGUCACACAGCCUCUUUCACACAGGCACACCAACCACGCCCACUGCCAAGAACACCCACACACGAGACACCCACACACAAGACACACACACACAAGACACACACACACUCACACCCACACACUCACACACUCCCACGAAGCGAACGGGAGCUUAUGCAUUCUCCGCCUCUAUCACAACGUCACUCGCGUCUACAUACACUAUGUAAUCAGACGCAAGACGGCAAAAACCAGGUUUACAGCAGAGAAAACCAGGUUUACAGGGACAGGUCAGAGGAUACUGGGGUACAGGCAGACGUCAGUCAGUCUGUAUACGCGCUACUGUUUUCGAGCGAUGAGGACGAUGACAAGGCCGCCGUCCCGCUUUCAAAGCGGUAUGAUGAACCUACCUACCAGCCUUCAGAAGCACCGAGCACACCCACACGAGACCAUGGCACAGACGUACACGCAGAGCACCACGUGACACGUACACAGCCCACAGCAACACAUGCACAGCACACGACGGCCCAUCCACACGAGAGGCUCGCGCGUGCACAGGACAUGCCCACACGUGCGAACAUCGCGAAUUGUGUCUCAACGCCUCGUCCCACUGCGAGUGCGCGUGCGCGUGUGGACACACACAGCAAUGCCAAUUCCUCCACUGCCAUGCAGCGACAGACGCACAAGGCACACGAAACGAAUGGCCUACGCGUCUGUGUCUGUGUCUGCGGCAGAGACAGAGACACAAACACAAGCACAGUGUGUGCGUGA